AUGGCUGAGAUGUCAGAAAAAAGUUCGAAACCAUCGCCGCUGUUAAUUCCUCCUUCAAAUAAAGGUUAUCAACUUUUAACUAGAAUAGGUUGGCGUGAUGCUGCCCUCGAUCCAGGAUAUGAAGAACUGAAGACUUCGAAAGUACUGGCUGGCAUUUCAACUAACGAGUAUAAAUCACAUUUCUGCAUUAAAAACGGCGGUUUGGGUGCUUCCAGACCAGGUCGACGCUUUCCUGUAGCAACCGUUUUAAAACGCGAUCGUCUCGGUUUUGGAUGGCCAAAUAAAACAAAUACUGCAAGAAUUACACAUUUCAGCGCAGGUGAUUCAAAAGCAGUUGAAUGUCCCAAAGACGUGAGACUUCAUCACUCAUCCAUUAAAAUGGACUCGAAAUAUAUGAUAAGAAAAAUGAAUUUAGAAAAGAAGAAAGAACGUAUUAUAAGACAAGGGUUUAAUUUGACUGAUGAACAGUUAGCUUUGCUCUAUGACAAAUGA